GGGGAGGGGGCGCGCAGCCCGAGCCCCGCGGCCGUGUCGCUGGGCCUGGGCGUGGCCGUGGUGUCGAGCCUGGUGAACGGGUCCACGUUCGUGCUGCAGAAGAAGGGCAUCGUGCGCGCCAAGCGGCGAGAAAUGGAUAAAUAAAAGUUAAAACGUUAAAAAAAAAAAAAAAAAAGAGCCCGCCGGGGCAGGACGAGACUGCCCGGGUCGUGCGAUGGAGAAUUACAUGCAUUUCAAGUUCACAUUCCAGACGCGCCCUCCAUCGCAGCCUCAAGUGCCUUCGGACACAGACGGAGGGGCCUGGGACGCGGAGUGGAACGAUCACGUCACCGGUACCUCCUACCUAACAGACGUGGUGUGGUGGGCAGGCACGAUCGCAAUGGCUGUUGGCCAGAUCGGGAACUUCCUGGCCUACACGGCGGUCCCCACGGUCCUGGUGACGCCCCUGGGUGCCCUCGGCGUGCCGUUCGGGUCCAUUCUAGCCUCGUACCUUCUGAAGGAGAAGCUCAACAUCUUGGGCAAGUUGGGGUGUCUGCUCAGCUGUGCGGGGUCCGUCGUGCUGAUCAUCCACUCCCCGAAAUCCGAGAGUGUGACCACGCAGGCCGAGCUGGAGGAGAAGCUGACCAACCCAGUGUUCGUGGGCUACCUGUGCAUCGUGCUGCUCAUGCUGCUGCUGCUCAUCUUCUGGAUCGCGCCGGCGCACGGGCCCACCAACAUCAUGGUCUACAUCAGCAUCUGCUCCCUGCUGGGCAGCUUCACCGUGCCCUCCACCAAGGGCAUCGGGCUGGCCGCCCAGGACCUGCUGCGCAACAACCCGUCCAGCCGGCGCGCCCUGGGCCUCUGCCUGGUGCUGCUGGCCGUGCUGGGCUGCAGCAUCAUCGUCCAGUUCAGGUACAUCAACAAGGCGCUCGAGUGCUUCGACUCCUCCGUGUUCGGGGCCAUCUACUACGUGGUCUUCACCACGCUGGUCCUGCUGGCCUCCGCCAUCCUCUUCCGCGAGUGGAGCAACGUGGGCCUGGUGGACUCGCUGGGCAUGGCCUGCGGCUUCACCACCGUCUCCGUGGGCAUCGUCCUCAUCCAGGUGUUCAAGGAGUUCAACUUCAGCCUCGGGGAGAUGAACAAAGCCAACCUGAAGGCGGACUAGGAGGCGGCGGGGGCGGGACGGGCCGAGGAGCGGGCCGCGGGUGUGGUUUAGGGACCCGGUUGGCGGCGAAGGACGAGAGCCGCGACGCGGCUGGCGUUGGAGCCAGUGGCGCCUCGGUGGGGGUGCGGUCCGUGGGCGGCGGGCCUCCCCUCUCCGGGCUCAGGCUGCUCCUGGCGCCGUCUCUGAGGAGCGGGACCCGUGUUCAUUGCCGUGACCCCGGAAGCUGUCGUGAGUCCUCGUUCCUUCCAGCCUGCUGACAUUAUUUCACGUGGAGAAGAAAGACGGGCUCUUCGCGGUUCGUCCUUGACCAGAGGGUCCCGGGCGUGGCCCGUAGGCGGGUCGGUCUGCGUUGAGCCCCCCUGGCCUCGUCCGCGUCAGCGGUCCGUGCGUUCACUCGUGUCCGAUCCUCUCUGAGCUGGCUCUCCCUCCCCGGACACCGAGACGCGUUCGUGGCAGAUGGAGCGAGAAGAGCGCUGUCGGGGGCCGUCCGGUAGCGUGAGUCAAUUUCAGUGCCUUUAUCACUUGAACUGUAUUCACUCAGUUUGGCUGUGGCUGUGCGUCUGCUCUCUGGGCUUACAGUAGCGCUUACGCCGUCGUGUCACCGUGCAGAACACGCGUGUGUACAGGGGCCGUAGGUAAUGGCGUGCCCGUCUGUGGGCAGAGUCAGGACGGAAGACACGUGAGACAGGGUUGGCCCGUUCGCACGUCGUUGCCCAGUAAAGACGGUGCCGGGAGGAGCAGGCGGUCCCUCGUCCGUCCGCCUUCGUCUGUGCGGCUGGGAUCCCGAACCCGAUGAGGCCCACGUCCUCUGUUUGUGAACGUCCGGCCGCUCAGAAGACGUGACUUCUGUCCCCUGGUCGUACGGCUCUUAGAUGGGAGGGUGCGUGGUCAGCGGCUCACCUGUGAUUCGGGAACGAGGUGGAGGGCCCAGUGAGGCCGAGGCCCGUCCAAUUGGAGCGAACACACAGAGCGAGUUUUCAAAGAGUUUCCAGCAAAAGGGGAAAAGGAUGGGUUUGGCCUGCGCCCCGCUGUCUGGGGCGGCAGAGCCCCAGGGCCGCUCGCCCGCCUCUCCUUCAGCCUCUGAAGUGCAGCCUGGCCGCCGGCGAGGCCCGGAUUGGGGUCAGAGACCCUCUGCGCGUGUGCCCUGGGGCCAGGCCCAGAGCGAGUGACACGUUUCACGGGAGACCGUGUCCUGCGCGGGCGAGGUUGUAGCGAAACGGACUGUGCCACGCUGGAAGGCGGGGCUGGGGUGUGGACUCCGUGAAGCAGACGGGUGAUCCCCAGUGAAAGUCAUUCCCAAAAGAAAAACGGGCUUUUCCGGCCAAAACCAGAACUCGAGACCCAUGGCAGGGCGUCCCCUCACCUGUGAACCACGAGGCGGCCUGAAGUGCGACGGCUUAACAGAGCAAAGGGCCCAUUGAUGAUUAAAAGUUCAUGAGACGAUCAUGGCUCGUCGGGCUCCUGAGCUGACAGCAGCAACAAAGUUACUUAAACGUUAACAACGUCUACUUAAUGAAAGUCACGGCAGACGCAAAGUCAUCGGCCCUCAUCAGCUCUCCGAAGGUUGGUUUCCGAUCAUCAGCCGUUUCAGGGACCCAGGGCCCGUUCACUGCGGCGACUUGCGUGUGAGGCUUAGCUGCAGGCCGGUUGGCGUUCCUUCUACAGGAGGAGGUAUUGUCUGGGUGACCAUCCCUAUGGUUUUUUUUAUAGUAUUGUUUUUCUUGUGUGUGCUUUUUUUAUAUUUUUAUUGCUUUCAGAGAGGAAGGAAGAGGGAGAGAGAGAGAAACAUCCGUGAUUAGACAGAAUCGCGGAUCGGCUGCCUCCUGCAGGCCCCGUACUGGGGAUGGAGCCCACAACCCGGGCCUGUGCCCCGACCGGGAAUCGCACCGUGACCUCCUGGCUCCCAGGACGACGCUCAGCCACGGAGCCACGCCGGCCGGGCCGCUGUUAAACUUGCCUUUUUUUGCAGAAGCUCAUCCCAGCCACCCGAGGUGGCUUUGCUCUUCCCCUUCGGGUUUCCGGUCGAUGGAAAGGGGACCAUCAAAGGCUGUGGUCGCCUCUGGUUCCCUCUCGACAGCUCAGCUCUGUGCGGGCUCCGGGCCGGUUCCUAGACGGUUGGCAAAGCCCUCGAGACCCAGGUCUCCAGGGGAGGGCGGCCACGUUGGUCCGAGGAGACGGGGAACCUUGUUGGGAGUGACACCCCUUCCCCAACCCGCGUGGCUCACCUGGAGCCGCCCCCAAGUGCUCUGCUGGCCGACCUCCGCCCCCGGCUCUUUCCAGACACGACUGGAUCCCGGCUGGGCCUCCUGUGGCCGAGUGGGAAGCUGGACGGGGACGCGUCCUUGCGCCCAGUCCUGCUCUCCGUCUGAUGGGCUCCAGGGGUCGGAAGGCCUGGUCCCCCCAACACCCGCCAAGCAGGACUGGUCGGAAUCUGGAGAACCGCCUCCUCAGGGACCAAAGGCCACAGGCACUCCUCAGCUGCGACUUGCUCCCAGGACGCCUCCGUGAGUUCCCCGCAUGUGCCGCUCCCGCCCGCACUUGGGAGUCUGAGACUCCGGUUGGAAAGGGAGAGAUGUUUGCCACCAGACGUCACGCAACCCGGUUGAUCCUGCCAAAUACCUCGCUUCCUGCCUUCCUCACGCCCACUCCCCUCGCCCUGGGGGCGGACCCCUGUCCUUGAGCUUCGAGGUGACUUCACGUCGGGCCAGAUCCUCACCCUCCGUUGGGUCCUGAGAAGAUGGAGGAGGAUGGAGACGGAAGGAGGACCUGCCUCAUCUCUAAUGUAUUUCCAUGCACAUUUCCCACAUGCUAGCAAAUGCACAGAAUAAUUCUGUUUUAAGGAAAUGUCUGUUACAUCAAAAAAUAUCUGGUAAAAGAAUGGACACUCGGUGGAGAAGGACGAGCAAGUAAACGUGUUUUCCCCGCGCCCGGUGGUGCGGAGCGUGCCCGGGAGAAGGAUCUGUGUUCUUUUCUCUCUUUCUCCUCGAAUCGUGCAGUUCUAGGCGAGUCCCUGUACCUUUCUGUGCCUCAGUUUCUCUACCUCGAAAAGGGAGGGGAUGGUUCUGGGGGGGCCUGCACUUGGGCGCCUGCUGGCAGCCUCGGGUGACGGGGUCGGGUGUGGGGGGCCCACCCGGCCUCCUGUCUGCUCAGGGCCACACAGCUUCAAGCACUGACUGAGCAAAGGUGAAGUGCGUGGGUGUGAAGUUGGCAUCAUUCCUCGAGGCUUUAACGCUCCCUUCUGUUUGUCUUAAAAAGCAAGGGUUUCCUGUAUCCCGCCGUCACCCGGGGAUGAGACGGGCGUGUAGGGGCUGCACGGGGCGAGCCGGCCGGCGGCCACCAGCUCCCCGCAGGGUCUGCGUCUGCGGGAGAGCCGAUGGGGGUGAGCCGGACGGACGCUGUCGCCUUAGGUUUGCAAAGAGUGAAGCCGAGCCUCCUGCUUCCAGCCGCGUCCCCCAGACCACGAACCACCCGGCACAGGUGGACGUCAGGAGCUCCCGAGCCCCUAGUGCCAAAGGACGGGUCCCACCCGGAAGGUCAGGAUUCCUUUCACCUGUCGGAAUAGAACAGCAACCCCCCCCCCCUACACGCACCCCCUCAUGUCACUGUUGCACCCCGGAAAAACCUAAGGCUGUUUUUAAUAUCGCUCCUGAGUCUGUCUUUGCCUUUUAAACAACCAUUCCUUUCCUGUAAAAUGGGACACGAUCGGGAAAGAGGACGACGGCGAGAGGGAGCCUGUGCCCCGGACGGGCUGCGUCUGUGUUUCCAUGGAAACGUCCCAGGAGCUCCCAAUGGCCGCGCGUCAACGGCUAAGACCUGCUUCCCUCGCUGCGCAGCAGCCCGAGCAUGUGCCGCCUGAUGUAAACAGAGGCUGUUGAUGACGUUUUCCGAUAUUUACUUCCCCGGGUGUGUUUUAAAAUAAAUAACGUUUCUAGCCGAA